GCGCAAAGGGAUUUCCGUGGCUCCCCGGUCUCUGCUCUGCUUCUUCUCUCUCUCUCUCUGAAGUUGAUCUGUAAUCGAGCUGCUGUUCGGCGGGUGACGGUCAUUUAUCAUCUGUGGAGGUUGACGAUCAGAAACGGACGGAAUGACGUUUCCACGGAUGAGUCGAGACGAUUGAUGGAGGUUUCGUUGGGAAUAAUCAAUGCCUUUUCUGACUCUACAGGAAAUAGCAUUUAGGAUGUUGGAGGAGGAGUGUCAUGUGGUGUGACAGUGUGGGGGUUCCGGGGCUCACGCAUCGGAAUGCCACAGGGUUCCACGCCGACUCCGCUGCUCGUCCUCCUAUUGGCCACGCUGGGAUACGCUAUGGCUGGCCUCCACCUGUGGCCAUCCGUCCAUGUUGCCCUUAGCAACAGCAGUGUGUUCCUCAACUACGACACCGCAGAGCGCAAUGCUUCCUCCGACAUCCGGAACAUGACCCUAACUCUGGUUGACACGGAAACGAACGCCACCCUGCUCACCAGGACCCUGCCGGCCAACCAAUCAGAGGGGAGAUUAGAGUUCAACUGCUCCUGCUUCCUGUACGCUGGAACGUUCCACUUCCGCCUGGAGCAGAUUGACUACGCAACCGCCAAUUCUAAUGCUAAUGCUAGCCUAACGGAUAGAGAUGGGAAUGGGGUUGUUACUACUACUACUACUACUACGACUACUACUGCCACCUGGUGGUGGAGCUCUGAGCUUCAGGUGGAGUGGCCGACCUUUCACAUUGCCGUGGACCGAGCCAGCAACCAGUCAGGAUCCUUCCAGGUGGGUAUCUCGACCAAUGAGCUGUUCCAGUCCUGCUCCUCUGGCCUUGGUUCCGCCCUCUUCCUGGAGGUCAGCUACCUGGAGUUCAACCAGAUUGGUCGAAAUAGCAUCGACAAGGUCCGCGCCCGCACACGGCACCCAAUCAAAGAGCUGCAUUCUCAGACGGUGGAUCUGUUGUGUGCGUUUCAUUUCACGGAGCGAGACUUCAUCAGGGUGGCGCUGCGCUCCCCUCACACAAACCAGGAUGUCAAGUCAUCUGGUCCUCUCUACCUCUCUAGGAUCUUCUCCUAUAAGCUACUGGUGGACAACAUCAACUCCUACAGGUCAGGCUGCGAGGGAGCGGUAUCUUUACGACUGGUGACCCCUCCCUGUGCUCUGAUCAACGGCAAGGUCCUCUUAUUCCGGGACGGAGAUGUGGGGUCAGAGGGAAAGGGGGGCACAGGGGCGGGGGGAGGGGUGAUGGGGGCGGAAGGCCUGCCCCCCUCCGUUCCACUGGCGUUUAAUUGGCUGACACAGGGGGAGAACGAGACAGAAUUCAACUGUUCGGUGUUUGACCCAGGAAGGAAUAAAUACUGCUUUAGAUUCGUGCUCAACUUCAGCCGCUCCCAGAGUCCAGCACAGACCUGCCUGGUGGUAAACAGGAACACAGAGUCAUGGGGUGUGUGGCAGGCGUGGAGUGUGUGCAGUGUGAGCUGUGGAGAGGGGGUGAGGGAGCGAGUGCGAGAGUGUCUGCUGCCCUCCGGUGGUGGGAGUAUGCAGUGCACCGGCAUGGUCAAGGAACAGUCUCUCUGCUCACUGGAAGACUGUGCAGUCCUCCCCGCUCCCUCUCCGUCCGCCCCGCCUCCUCCAGCCUCCUCCUCCUUUCUCGGUGGUAACCUGGUAGUCGUGGCCGGUAUAUCCCUGUGUCUGGCUGUCAUCCUAGCUACCAUCCUGGUCACCCUGUGGCGUAAACUCUGCCGGACGCCCCAGUGUAGCUCGGUCCGCCGCGGAUCUAUGCACUCACCUGGGGGACGUAAACUCUCUGACGAGGCCUCCAUCUGUGGGAACAGCCUCCAGAGACCCAGCCUCUCCGACAGCCAGGGGAACCACGGGGGCACAGGGCCAGGGUUAGCCCAGAACGAAAGGCCUAACCUGGGGUGUAAACCUCUACCUCAGCCUCCUCCUCUAGUUAUUCCCCUGGUUCAGGACCCAGAUAGACUGUCUCCAUCGGGACAGAAGGUGCUACCGCCAAUCUUUGGGUAUCGUCUGGCCCAGCAGCAGUUAAAAGAGAUGAAGAAAAGAGGUUUGAGGGAAGCCACCCAGCUCUAUCAUGUCUCACAGAGCCCUGUCCACGACACUCUGCUGGAGGAAUCCCCCACCGCCACAGCCACCCCUACCCAGCCAGGGUUCACCCUCCCUGGGCUCAGUCCCAACUCCAGCCCCCUGAACCUCCAGGAAGACGAUUCUAAUCUGAGCCGGUUUCGUAUCACCGCCCCCUUCCCCGAGCCCAGGGUCCCACAGCGCAGCUCGGUUACUCUGCCAGACAGACUGAGCCCCAGGGUGGAGCUUGUCCUGGGGCCUCCCGUGGCCGGGUACAUGAGAGAAGGUGGUGGCGGGAGCUCCGAACGACGAGACCGCACGGCGGACUGGGUGGAGAUGGUGGAGAGGACUGGGUUAGGAGGGAUGGGAGGAGGAGGCGUUCCCUUCAACUCGUACCAGAAAAACCCAAACUGCAGACGGACAUCCAGCUUUCACGACACCAAGCCCCCACCUCCCCCAGCAGCCCCAUGUCGCCCCCACAGGGAGAGGAGUCAGACCCAGGUGGGUCCCCGCACCAGGACCCUCCCCGAGGGAAGCUGUAGGACCCGAGGAACCUUGGGGAACCAGACCCAGAACCCAGCCUACCCCCCCUAUCCCAUCCCAGAGCAGAGCACCCCUGACUGGGCCAGGCCCAAACCGCGACCCCCUUGGCCUGGGGACGACAGGAGAAGACCCUGGGUGGAGACUGGAUGUCCUCCGUGUUUCAGUAACAAACCAAAACACGCUGAAAACAACAACACUUACUUGAUCUCUGACCCUAAACACACAGAGACCAACACUACAACGGCGGCCAUGUUAGGAUCUGAGCUGCUUAGCAACACUGAACUCACCCUGGAGAGGGAGAGGCGGAGGACUGGUGAUAGAAGAGAAGGAGGUGAAGAGAGAGGAGAGAGAGGUGGGAAUUCAGGUAUAGGUGGACCAGGAUUAGGACCAGGGGUGGGGUCUCGUGGCUGCCCUGCUUACCUCACCCCGGACCGGGCGGAGCGGGCAGAACAUAACUGGAACCGUCGAGGCCCUUCCCCGAUUCAGAGAAAUAUCCUGGCCAGGAAGCUGAGAGAGGCUCAGUCCUGCAACACCGCCUCCGACCAGCAGGGGCGCCAUAACCAACAGCAGCAGAGGCAGCGCAGCUCCACAUUUAGCGUGUCUGUCAGUGAACAAAGGAAAGGGAGGUGCAGGUCUCUUCCUCUGUCUGGAGACUCCACCUAUGGACUGACUGAGGCAGAGCAAUGCAUGCUGGAUCUAGAUAUGACCUCGCUAUACCUGGGAGAGGAUGAGUUCUGACCUGUACACACCUAGAGGGGAGGAGAGGGUUAACAGACAAUGAAGAGAGGAAAGAAAAGCAGGGGUUGAGAGGAGGAGAGGAGGAGCUGUCUUGUUGUCUAGAAGGUGCCCAGGGGAGGAAGACAGGAGAAGAGGAAGACAGGAGAAGAGGAAGAGAGGAGAAGAGGAAGAGAGGAGAGCCUGUCUUGUUGCCUGGAAGGUGCCCAGAAGAAGAGGAGAGGAGAAAGUUGUAAAGACAUGACUGAGCCUUGUUUUUUUGUUACUCUUUUACUGAAAAUCCUUUGGUUAACGCUUGACACCAGCAUCAUAACGCGUUAUGACACAGUUAUAACCAUGUCACAAUGUCAUAACAGCUGACAUAACUUAUAACUGAUCAUAAUAUGGUCAUAACACUGUCAUCAAAUCAAACUGUAUUUGUCACAUAUACCUUACCGUGAAAUGCUUACUUACAAGCCCUUAGCCAACAAUGCAGAUAAGAAAAAUAAGAGUGAAGAAAAUAUAGGGGGUACCGGUAUCGAGUCAAUGUGCGGGUGUACAGGUUAGUCGAGGUACUUUAAAGUACUACUUAAGUAGUUUUUUGGG